AAUUAAUAACGAAGCUUAAGCAUGUACGCCACAAAGCCGCUCUCCCUCUUCAAGAGCCAACCGGAGGCGGCGUCCGGGCCACCGCCGGAGGGCCGGAACUCCGGCUACCUCGUCGUGAAGGGCGCCGCCGACGAGGAGACUCGCUUCUGGGGCCUGUUCCCUGACAGGCGCGUGCGCGAGCUCCCGUUCCCGCAGAACUGCGUGCUCAAGGUGCGGUACACGGUCGGAGCCGGCGAACGCCGCAGCACCUAUGAAGAAGCCGUCGUGUUCGUGCCCGUCCCCGACCAGCCGCUCGUGUCCAACCGCUACUACGCCGUCAUCGGCAAGGGCAGGCGCAAGGGGCUCGUCAGGGCGUGCUCUCGCGAGGAGGACAUGGCGACGUGCUGCUUCUGCCGGUGCGUCCGCGACGUGGAGCCGCGGCCGUUCGACCCGGCGGACAUCUACCAGCAGAUCGAGAUCGUCCAGCGGCGGCGGGGGUGGUUCACGGCGAGGGCCGUCGCCCCCGACGCCUUCCCGUCCUCGAUCCUCCGCCACAAGCACUGGGAGGUGUACGCGUCCAAGAACAAGAAGUUCGACCUCGGCGAGGCGCUGGGCCUCGACGCCGCUCUCCGGUCGCGCCAGCUCGCCCCUGCCGACACCUUCCCGGCGGCGGCUACGGCGUCCGUCGGGAAAUGGUACUCCCCGUUCUUCCUCAUCAGAGAAGCCGGCGUCGCGCCACGCGAGCAGAUGGAGCGCAGCGCGUUCUAUGAGGUGACGCUGGAGCAGCGCUGGGAGCCGGUGCGCCCGGACGGCGGCGUCUCGAAGCUUGCCAGCAAGAAGGCGCUCAUUGGCGGGAUCGUGGAAGCACAGCAGGAGCCGCUGAACUCGCGGCACGGCGACGCGUACGUGUGGUUCCAGGCGGCGGCGACGGGGCAACAGAUCGGGGUGUGCACGACCGUGUGGGAGAGAAUGCGGUGGGAGCAGUACAGGGGCGGGUGGGUCGAUGAGGAGGAGGACGUCGGGAAGGUGGCCGGCGGAUCGGUGCUGGUGGAGAGGUUCGUGGUGAAGAGGCUGGAUAGCAGCGUGGUUCUGGCCUUUGAUUUUGUGCAUCUCAACAAAAUCAGAGGAAAGCAGAUAUGAAUUGUGAUAGUACUACACUUAAUUACAGAAUUUGCAUGUAUUUAGGGUUAAGAUAUUCGUGGAUUAUUUUUAAUAUUGAUAAAUUACAGAUUAGCGAUGUGAUUAGUUGCUCAAAA